AUGGAAGAAGUUAGAGGAAUAAGAAGAAGCAGAGGACAUCCUCUGUUGAGAUCCAAGAAGAGAGCAGGAGGCUAUAACCAUGGCUUCUCACUGUCUCAGAUCCAAACUCUCUCCGUCAUCUGUCAAACUCUCCUCCCUCCGCCGCCGCAGCAGCAGCAAGCUCUCAAAGGCUCUCAACCACCAUUCCCUGAUGAGGUAGCUGAUAUGAUAGUGAAAAAUGGACGAGCACAAGCAGUGAAGGUUUUGAAAAUGAUAUUGACGAUUUUGUCAUUCAGAUUUGGAACAUUUUUGCUUUGUGGCUCUCUCUGUCUUGAUAAGCGUUGGCCUUUUGUUCUUAAUUUCUCUGAACUUCCAUUGUAUAAAAGAGAAGAGAUCAUGAGGAAAUGGUCAAGAAAAAGUGGACUCCUUCUUCCUCUUCGAAUCACUUUUUUCCUCACAAAAUUCUACACUCUCUUCUCCUUCUUCUCCCAGACUGAUGAGAAUCUGAAGAAUCCUGCAUUGGAAGCUAUAGGAUAUUGCAACGACACGACAGAGACAAGCAACGAGGAAGGUGAGAAACAACGGCCACUUGAGAAAGGAAUCAUUGAGACGACGAACGAGAGUGACAUUACCAUCACACAGUCUCUAAUAAAAAAAGGGCUUCAUGUCUCUAGAGAGAACAAUGAUGGUGUGCACAGGAUCAGAUGCGACGCGGUUGUUAUAGGCUCGGGAAGCGGAGGAGGUGUAGCAGCUGCGAACCUAGCGAAAGCAGGAUUAAAAGUCUUGGUUCUUGAGAAAGGAAACUACUUUGCAGCUCAGGACUACUCAGCUCUAGAAGGUCCGUCUAUGAUGGAGCUAUACGAGAAAAGCGGGCUUCUAACAACGGUCGACGGGAAAUUCAUGGUCUUAGCCGGCUCAACCGUUGGAGGAGGCACAGCUGUUAACUGGUCUGCGUCAAUAAGAACACCAGAUCAUGUUCUGCAAGAAUGGUCGGAAGAGAGCAAGAUCAGGUUUUUCGGUAGCCAAGAGUAUCAAUCUGCGAUGAAUGAAGUUACUACAAGGAUCGGUGUCACGGAAAGAUGUGAAAGUGAAGGGUUUCAGAAUCAGGUUCUAAGGAAAGGAUGCGAGAGACUAGGGUUGAAGGUAGUUUCGGUUCCGAGGAAUGCAUCGGAGAAUCAUUACUGUGGCUCUUGCGGGUAUGGUUGUAGAGCUGGAGAUAAGAACGGGACAGACCGGACUUGGCUUGUUGAUGCUGUAGAGAACGGUGCAGUGAUCUUGACAGGUGUCAAAGCAGAGAGGUUUGUAUUAGUAGACAACGAGAGUAAAGAGAGAAAGAAACGAUGUGUGGGAGUGGUUGCGAGCUCUGUGGGAGGAAAGAAGUUUAUGAUUGAAGCUAGAGUGACGGUUUCAUCCGCUGGCUCGCUGUUGACACCGCCUCUGAUGCUUACGAGCGGGCUAAAGAACCGGAACAUUGGGAAGAACCUGAAGCUGCAUCCGGUUCUGAUGACAUGGGGAUACUUUCCUGAGAAAGGUUCUGAGUUCUCAGGGAAGAUAUACGAAGGAGGGAUCAUCACGUCAGUGCAUCAUGUAAACGAUGGUGAUGAGUCAGAAUGCAGAGCGAUAUUGGAGAAUCCGUUGAUAGGACCAGCUUCUUACGCGGGGUUGAGCCCGUGGGUUUCAGGAGCUGACCUUGAGGAGAGGAUGAUGAAGUAUGGAAGGACGGCUCAUUUGUUUGCUCUGGUUCGGGAUAGUGGCUCAGGCGAGGUGUUGAAGGAGAGCGAGGUUACGUACAGGACAAGCAAGAGAGAUAGAGAGAAUUUGAGGGUGGGGCUUAGACAGGCUUUGAGGGUUUUGGUUGCGGCAGGUGCAGUUGAAGUGGGGACGUAUAGGAACGAUGGACAGAGGAUGAAGUGUGAGGGGGUUACGAGGGAAGAAAUGGAGGAGUUUUUGGAUGGAGUUGAAGCGGAUGGUGGUGUGAGCACGAAGAAGGAGUAUUGGACGACGUACUUCUCGGCUCAUCAGAUGGGGAGUUGCAGGAUGGGGAGGACGGAGGAGGAAGGUGCGGUGGAUGAGAAGGGUGAGAGCUGGGAAGCGGAGGGGUUGUUUGUUUGUGAUGGAAGUGUGUUGCCUUCGGCUGUUGGUGUGAAUCCGAUGAUCACUAUUCAGUCUACUGCUUACUGCAUCUCCCAAAAGAUCGUUCAGUCUCUGCAAAACGAUUCAAGAUAG